AUGGACAUCGACAACCCGCCGUCCGAAUACGACGACGGGUCGCAUGGCCACACGCACCUCGAACUACCCGAAUUCUCUCUCUCUUUCCCCCUCCCCUUCCGCGUCCUUUUCCUUGUUGGCCUCGCUAUACUUCUAUGGGCAAUCAAUCUCCACAUUCUCCACCUCCUCGGUCUCGACACCGCCUGGAUUCUCGACUUCAGAGAUCCGGAUACCUCGCCAGCUAUACCGGUCGGGGCGGAGGCGUAUGAACUUGACGGUGGGGAUGUAGAUUUGGCGGAGAGGGAGAGAAUAGAGCGGCCAGCUAGUGGGAAGCUGUAUGGGCCGGUGUAUAGGCUGUUUGGGCUUUACUGUGUAUGGGUUGGCGGGGGAUGGGUGUUGUUUACGUGGUUGAGUGGAGGAGUUGAACAAGGGAUGGAAGAGUGGAGGGGGCUCGUAGGGAUGGUGAUGGUCGGUGCUAUGUUGAUCGGGAUCGUGCCCUGGCGGGGGAUGGGAGAGAGGGAACGGAGAGGGCUUAGAAGAUGCCUUCGACGAAUCCUAUUCCCGUCGAUGGCAUCUCCGGUGUUCUUUGCAGAUGUCAUCCUCGCCGAUAUCAUGACCUCCUUCGCCAAGGUCUUGGGCGAUUUAUGGGUGUCUGCGAGCCAGAUCUGGUUCGGCGGUAUCACGCAUGGACGCGUUCGACAAUACGGCUGGAGCAACUACAUUACACUGAGUAUGGUCUGCCUGCCAUACGCCCUCCGACUGCGUCAAUGUAUCCUCGAAUCGCAUCAAUCCCACUAUACCUCCCUCCGCCCCCUCAUGAACGCCCUGAAAUACUUCUCCGCUUUCCCCGUCAUCAUCCUCUCGGCCAUGCAAAAGACACUCCUUGACGAGAUCGCGCAAGACCCCAACAACCUCAAGGAGCAUCGCGGAACACGGUGGCACGGCGAGCACCGGCUCUUCCGGAUAUGGCUGCUGGCGGUAGUGGUGAACUCGAUGUUCUCGUUCUACUGGGAUGUCGAGAUGGACUGGGGACUGAAGCUGUGCGAGGUGGAUACAUGGUUCCCGAAGAAGAGCGCGGAUGGGCUGGGGACGCCCUCAAGCAGGGGAAGGCGGAGUGUGGGGCUGAUAGGGAGGAUGAAGCAGCUGUGGACGAGGGAGGCGAGCAGUCCGAAUGGCCUGGGCGGUAUUCACAACCGGUCGCCACACCCCACACCCAUGCUCACUCAUUCACGAGCACCCACCGAAACUUCCCUCCCCCUUCCGGCGCUCUCCCUCUCUCCCCUCCUCGCGCCCAUCACGACCUUCGGCCUUCGCUCCACCCUGACCUUUGAUCCCCUAGUCUAUCACCUCUUCACCCUCAUCGACCUCGUCCUCCGCUUCACAUGGUCCCUGAAGCUCUCGAGCCAUCUGCAUACCAUAUCAGAGAUCGAGUCGGGAGUGUUCCUGAUGGAGGCGCUGGAGCUGGUUCGUAGGUGGAUGUGGGUGUUUGUCAGGGUUGAGUGGGAGGCGGUCAAAAUGGCCGAGAGCAGGCGGAGCGGACCAGCGCGGGAUGGACUGGGCAUUGGGUUGGGAGCAGUAGGAAGGGGAAGAGGAGAUGAUGCGCAGGUGGUAUGGGAUGAAAAGGAGCGACGGUAG